AUGAUGCCAGAACAAUUAGGAACCAUCGUGUCUGAAAGUGUAUGGGAAAAAUUCGACUUGGAGACCUUUAACUCUUCAGGAGGCUAUGAACAAGAUAAAUGUUCUUUAUUCGACAUUGCUCCUGAAACAUUUGAAAGCAUGGAUUAUUCGAAAUACGUACAGAUUCUUGCACAUGACUGUAUGUGGGUAGGAUUGUGCGUAAGUAAAGAGCAUAAUAAAAUGUGGGCGACUGAAAAUCUUGGAUUUUCACCGCCAAGAUUAGUACCAGAAACACCCCAAAAUUCUUGUUUUUCAUACGAACAUUCCGACAUUGAAGAAGAACUGAUGGUAUAUUUGUCUGCAUCUCCAAGUGAAGUCACCGGACAGUAUCUUAGCAAAUCAUCGGAGAUAAAGGACGAGGUCACUCAAACAGAUCUCGAUUACUCAACUGAUAUCCGAAGUGACAACACUGUAUCAAAGUCAACAGAAGUCAAUAAUACCCUUCCUGAUCGCGAUGACUACAGAAAUGAUCUCACUCUUAUCAAAAAAUUUAAUUGUUUGAGUGUGCAAAAAACAUCUGGUUCUGAAGAGGAAAUCGAUGUAGUUAAGAUCGAGGAACCAGCGAGUAUAUUUACUUCCUCUAGUACAGAAGAUCAUGAAACUCUGCAAUCAACAGUAGAAAUUGCUGUUAAUAACAAUCCUGCGCCAAGACGACGAGGAAGACCACCAAAAUCAUAUAAACCUCCAGCAGAUAUUCAGGUAGAAGAGCGGAUAUCAGGAAAACGUGCUGCAGUGCGAAGAUCGUGUCAAAAACAAACGACAAAUGGACCAAAAAAGAUUGGUUCAUCAACUUCAACAUCUAUGAAUACAAAGAAAUAUUCAUCACCGGCGUCUGUAAGGUCUGAAGAUAAAUCUGAUACUGAUCAACGAAGUUAUUACAAUAAAAUGGAACAACAAAGGAGACACGCUAUGAAGAUUGAAUAUAGAAAUUUACAAUGUUUAAUACCAAAUCUUCAAAAUAAAGUGAACGCAUCAGUAAUUUCAAUUUUACGUGAAGGAAUUCAAUAUUGCAAAGAGAUUUAUAAAACCGAGAGAAAUUUAAUAACCAAGAAAUUAGAGCUGAAGAAACGCCAAUAUGAAUUAAUGAGUGAGUUAAGUUCAUUAAGAAGACAUUUAGCACAACACCGUUAA